AACGGCUGAGCUUUGCGGUUGUAACUGCGGAUGGUCCGCGUUGCGUUUGGUUAUUUGUUUAUAAUCGCGUGUUAUUUUUGUUAUGCAUAUGUGUAUGUACAUAUGUUUGUGAAUUUUACAUAUUUUAUUUGCAAGAGCCAUUGACAGUAAAAAGGUCAAUACGCUGUUACAAAAAAAAAGUGAGAAGUGUACUCACUGUGAAAAAUCAAUUAAAUUGAAAUAAUUGAAUAACACCAACAAAAUGGCACUUGGAACUUUUGAUCAGUGGGAUACACUGGUGUUGGGGGUCAUUUUGACAAUCUCGGCACUGAUUGGUAUAUACUAUCGGUAUACUGGCGGCAAACAGAAGACCACACAGGAGUAUCUGAUGGCCGAUCAGAGCAUGACUACAUUUCCGGUGUCCUUCAGCCUGAUGGCUAGUUUUAUGUCAGCCAUUACACUGAUGGGCGUCUCCAGUGAAUCGUAUCAAUUUGGAACACUAUUCGGAGCUAUAAACAUAUCAUAUAUAUUGAGCACACCGAUCGCCGCUUACAUUUUUCUCCCGGUUUUUUAUCGAAUGCGCAUAACCAGCGUCUAUGAGUAUCUGGAGCGUCGAUUUGGUCAUGCGACACGCCUGGCUGCCUCGAUUGCCUUCACCCUGCAAAUGGUGCUCUACAUGGGCAUUGCGCUCUAUGCGCCCGCCUUGGCGCUGGAGGCUGUCGCCGGCAUACCGAGAGUUACCGCUAUACUUGUCCUAGGUCUCGUCUGCACCUUUUACUCAACACUGGGUGGCCUCAAGGCUGUGCUCAUCACGGAUGUCUUUCAGUCGUUUCUCAUGUUUGCCGCCAUUUUUGCUGUCAUUGGAGUUUCAGCCAGCAAGGCUGGUGGCCUAGGUGCCAUCUGGGAUGUGGCGAAGGAGCGUGGACGUGUGCAGUUUUUUGAAUUUUCGGCAGAUCCUACCGUGCGUCACACCUGGUGGUCAUUGUUAAUUGGCGGAAUGGUCACAUAUCUGUCGCUGUAUGGCGUUAAUCAGACACAGGUGCAGCGUCUGCUAAGCGUGCACAAUUUAAGGAGCGCACAAUCAGCACUUUGGUGGAAUCUGCCCAUCCUGGGCAUGCUUAGCUUUAGCACUAUCUUCAGCGGCUUGGCCAUAUUUUAUUAUUAUCGUGAUUGCGAUCCCAAGCUCAGUGGACGAAUAAAAGCACCAGAUCAGCUAAUGCCACUAUUUGCUGUGGAUACCAUGGGCCAGUAUCCGGGACUGUGUGGUCUGUUUGUUUCGGGCCUUUUCUCCGCUAGUCUAUCGACCAUAUCCUCGGCAGUCACAUCGCUCUCGGCUGUUACACUGGAGGACUACCUCAAGCCAUUGUACAAGGCGAUUUUCAAGCGCACGUUAUUAGACUCCAAGUCAACGCUACCCACCAAAAUUGUUGCCUGCAUUUAUGGAUUAUUCUGUAUACUGUUGGCUUUCGUCGCUGGCUCACUGGGCGGCGUGCUGCAGGCCUCUUUGACUAUCUUUGGCGUUGUAGGUGGCCCGUUGCUGGGCAUCUUUACGCUUGGGGUUUGCACUAUGCGCUCUAAUCAGCGCGGGGUCCUGUUGGGCUUUACGCUUGGCCUGAUCUUUUCCUUCUGGAUUGGCUUUGGCGGUCCAAAGCCGGCAACAACACCGCUACCUCUCAAUACCACCGGCUGUGAGUCGGCGAAUGUUACUCAUGUGGCGCAGGCGCUGGUGCAGCAGGCGGAUUACUUUUGGCUAUAUCGUUUAUCCUACCUGUGGUACUGUGUGCUCGGCUUCUUGAUUACGUUAGGCGUCGGCUACUGUGCCAGUCUGACACUGGCGCACUUCAACUUUGCGAACAACUCUCAGAUAUAUUUAGAUAAGUAUCACAAGCAGUUGGAUUAUGAUUUAUUCGCGCCGGUGCUCUCCCGACGCUGGAGACGACAACAGUUAGAGAAACAGAUGCAGGCGGACCAAGAUGAAUCGCUAACGAAAUUAACGCAGGCAGCUGUAGCUAUAUAAUAGGUGAAAUCUAAUUUAUUUAUAUUGUUAAAUGACAUAGUGUAAAAUAUCAUUAACUGUGGGCUUUACUUACCAAAAAUCUUUAAACCAUGCAGCUGUUUUCGCAGUUGUCGUACCUAAAACGUGCAUAUAACAAUGUGACCUAUUUGUAUACCUGCAUACAACUAUAACUCUAACUAUAACAACUGCUAAAGGCGCCCACACAACGUCUUCCAUUUUGCAAGUGCUUAAAACUAUAUAAUAAUUGUUAACUAGGAUGUGUUAAAUAUAUGUCUAUAUACCUCGUCGGCAUACCUAGCUGAUAUUCAGUGAA